AUGUCGGCUCAUCCGGGCCCCUAUGUCCCCGACUAUGCAUCCUACAACUGGAUCGGUGCGCCAGCAAACUUCGAGCUCACAACCGAUUCGGACCUGGGAGGGAACUCCCGAGUCGAAAACUUAAACAAAUGGUUCCAACCUGGGGACCAGGCGUACCUAAUCGUCGCCUCAGCGAUGGUCAUGGUCAUGAUUCCCGGCCUGGGCUUCCUCUACUCAGGUCUCGCGAGGCGAAAGUCCGCUCUCAGUAUGAUCUGGGUGUGCAUGGGGUCCAUGUCCAUCGUCACUUUCCAGUGGUAUUUCUGGGGCUACUCGCUCGCCUUCUCCCCCACCGCAAAGAACGGGUUUAUUGGCGAUUUGAGAAACUUUGGCCUCAAGAAGACGCUCGCAACUCCGAGUCCCGGGUCGCCACUGAUACCGGAGCUGCUAUAUGCCUUAUUUCAGAUGCAAUUUUGUGCGGUCACUGCCGCCAUUGUAAUGGGAUCCGUGGCUGAGCGUGGCCGUCUGUUGCCUGCUAUGGUUUUUACUUUCUUUUGGGCUACUCUCGUCUAUUGUCCCCUGACGUGUUGGAUAUGGAAUGUCAAUGGGUGGGCUCACAAAUGGGGAGUCUUGGACUUUGCGGGAGGCGGUCCCGUUGAAAUUGGAUCUGGUUUAUCUGCGCUUGCAUAUUCGAUGGUUUUGGGUCGUCGCAAGGAGAGCAUGAUGCUCAACUUCCGACCACAUAAUGUCUCGCUAAUUGUCCUGGGAACUGUCUUCCUGUGGUUUGGGUGGCUGGGAUUCAACGGUGGUUCGGCUUUCGGCGCUAACCUGCUUGCUGUCAUCGCAUCCUGGAAUGCCAUUUUGGCCGCCAGCUUUGCGGCUAUUACUUGGGUACUCUUCGACUGGCGACUCGCUCGGAAGUGGUCUAUGGUGGGGUGGUGUUCAGGUACCAUAUCUGGCUUGGUUGCAUCAACUCCUGCCGCUGGUUUUAUUCCUCCGUGGGCAAGUGUGGUGCUUGGGAUAGUUACGGGAGUCGUAGCGAACUACGCUACAAAAAUAAAAUACUGGAUCCGUAUCGACGAUUCCAUGGAUAUCUUCGCUGAGCACGGCAUUUCCGGCAUUGUCGGGUUAAUAUUCAACGGUUUCUUCGCCACCGACGCGAUUUACGGGCUCGACGGUGUAAACACGGGAACGGGUGUGGGGGGCUGGCUCAUUGGUAACUACAAACAAAUGUACAUCCAGAUCGCCUACAUCCUUGCGACCAGCGCGUACACCUUCGUAGUAUCCGCCCUAAUCGCGUAUGCCAUCAACGCGAUCCCAGGUCUGAAAUUGCGUGCGUCAGAACAGGCAGAGCUAUUGGGAAUGGACGACGACCAAAUCGGGGAAUUUGCAUAUGAUUAUGUCGAGGUGCGCCGCGACUACCUUGCAUGGACGCCGCAGAGUCAUAUACAGAACCAAGGAAGCCAUGAUGUGUCCUCUGUUCAUCUUUAUGGAAUCAAUGAACACAGCGAGAUGACAAAGGAGGCCAUGGCAGUGAACAGUCGACCAGUACCAACAUCAACACCAGCUGAUUCAGAGAAUAAUGAGAGUAAAAACGCUACUCCACAGCCCGCGGGCCUUGGUCACAGCGAAAAGGUAGAAAUAGACUGA